GGAAGGAGUACACCAUGGUCGGGAGCAUCGACUUGGUCGCGCCGACCUUACUGAGUCGAAAGACCUCGUUCAAUUGUUUUCUGGGGAAGGAGUGCAAGGUGGACAUGAGCUUGAAUGGGUUUGACGAGAAGAAAAAGUCGGUCUUCCGUUGGACUUUUCCGAAGCAAUACGGUUACAGUAUCGCGGUGAACGGCGCGCCUGGCGCGGAUAUGAGUACGAAGGAAGCUGAGGAUUGCUUCUUGCCGGAGUUUGAAGGGUUGGAGGUUUUAACAAAAACGAACACGAGUGACACAACCUCGGUGGAUUUUGUUCCGAGAAGCGAUUACUUUGAGGGCAUGCAGGCGGAGUUGGUGUUUGAUUGGGAUAGGGUGAUUUCCAGCGGAAGUGGGGGUUCUGACGAUGAUAUUACCUCGACGGACGAUAGCAGUGCGACUGCGAUGAACGAUACAAUGAACGGAACUUCUGGAGGAAACAGUAGUACUACUGCAAUUAUGCCGACUGCAAUGGGAAUCGUAGUACUAGCCCCUACAACUGCACCCGACUCUGGUGCUUCAAAUUCCGCGGCAACGACAAACGACGCCCAAGUCCACGUAUCCUUCGGCUUCCCGCGCAACGCCCGCCCGGGCCGGUAUUUGCUCUGCUGGUCUAAAUCUAGCCGCGGGCAGCGAGUGAAGGUCGCGGAGAUCUUUUUACGAGGUCCGAACGAGCAGGUGAGUGGCUGCACUCUCGGGGUCUCCUGUGGAAUUUCUUUGUCAAGCCCGGUCAAGGAAACGUUCUCCAUUGCGGACUCUCUCCGGCUGAUCACGAC